CGCAGUCACAAGGGGCGAGCGAGAGGAAGGAAGCCGAGACGACAGCCAUGGAGUUUGAGAAGAGAAAGGCGAAUGCACUUGCAGCCAUAGCAUCAGAAGAGGCAGACAAGUCCCCCAAGGGCACACUAGACACGCCCAUAAUACCUCUCAUUAGGGCCCUCAACCAACACCAUUCCUACUUCACCACCAGCUCCUGCUCCGGCCGUAUCUCCAUCCUCUCUCAGCCAUCCCAAACUACUUCCACCACCGCAACUAAGAAGAAGAAAGCUAGAGGUGGUUCUUGGCUCUUCAUAACCCACGACCCCGCCGAUCCCAACUCGGUUGUCGAUCUUCUCUUCCGAGCCGACUCGACUCCCCCAGACCAGCACGGCGAGCUCGUUUUCAGGUUCGAACCCUUCAUCCUCGCAGUCGAAUGCAAAGACGUCGUUUCCGCUCAGUCUCUGGUUUCCGCUGCCAUUUCUUGCGGCUUUAGGGAAUCGGGCAUAACGAAUGCUCAUAAGCGUAUCAUAAUCGCUGUCAGAUGUUCUAUACGUCUGGAGGUGCCACUGGGAGAGACCGAUCGGAUCAUGGUCUCGCCUGAGUAUGUUCGGUACCUUGUGGGAAUCGCAAAUGAGAAGAUGGAGGCUAAUAGGAAGAGAACUGAUGCUUUUCUCCAGGUGCUGCAAAGCACUGGUCUUUCGGGACCUACGCAGCAGGCGCCGGAGAGCCAGAAGUAUACUCCCGAAAAUGAACAUUGUGACAUGGUUGAUGAACUAGCUGUUGAUUCUACCCAGAUGAAUAUUGAAGGCUGCAAUGCGGAGAGUACAGAUGCCGAUACCCAAAGCGGGUUAUCAAGAGAUACUGGGUGCAGUAUUUCCGUGACCCAGGUAGUUGUUGUUGGGGAACCCGUUGAGAAGCUUUUUCUUUGGGGUCAUUCUUCCUGUACCUUAAACAAUACCAACCACACGAGGAUUUUGGUUUUUGGUGGUUUUGGAGGGGUAGGAAGACAUGCACGAAGAAAUGAUUCUUUAGUACUUGACCCAUUUUCCGGAACGUUAAAGGCCAUUAAUAUUGAGGAACUUCCUUCUCCACGCUUGGGUCACACAUCUUCGGUAAUUGGACAGUAUGUUUUCAUCAUUGGAGGCAGGGGUGAUCCUACGAAAAUUCUGGAUGAUGUUUGGGUUCUUGAUACAGAUAAAAAUAAAUGGACGUUGCUAGAAUGUAACCGCAAUAUUUUCUAUCCUAGGCACAGGCAUGCAGCAGCAGCCGUAGGUUCAAAGAUAUAUGUAUUUGGUGGGCUUAAUAAUGAAAUGAUCUGUUCUUCCAUGCAUGUUCUUAACACAGAGAAUUCAAGGUGGAGCAACAUAAGUAUCUUGGGGGAAUGGCCAUGUGCACGUCAUUCCCAUUCAUUGGUCGCAAAAGGGUCUCAACUUUAUAUGUUUGGAGGAUAUGAUGGGGAAAAACCACUAGGUGACCUUUACAGUUUUGAUACUAAAACAUGUCUGUGGAAAAAGGAGAAGACAGCAGGGAGAGCCCCACAUGCAAGGUUCUCACAUUCUAUGUUUGUCUAUAAGAACUAUCUUGGUAUUAUUGGGGGCUGUCCUGUGAGACAGCAUUAUCAAGAGGUAGCAUUACUAGAUCUCCGCUCCCAUCUUUGGAAGUAUGUGAUGCUCGACUUGGUUGACAAAUGUCUGUUUGUUCGUAGUACAGUCAAUGUUGUUGGUGAUGAUCUUGUAGUGAUUGGUGGUGGUGCAUCAUGUUAUGCCUUUGGUACAAGGUUUACUGAGCCUAUGAAAAUGAGUUUGCUCCCAUUAAUAUCUCCUGAUGAUAUCAUCUUUCCUUCUGACUUGGAUGAAAAAGUUAUCAAGCAUAAGGCUGGAGAGGCAAUUGUGAAGAAUAACAACUUCUUAGUUCCUGAGAGAUAUCUUGGAAAAAUAUUAACUGAGAAUUCAUUCUCAAAUUAUGAGCCUGAUGUAUUUGCUGUGAGUUUUGAACAUCAGAUGAGUGCCAAGCUUUGGGUUCUGAAACUUGGAAGAAAAUAUGCUAAACUGGGGAAGGACAUCCUGAAGAAAUUUGGAUGGUUAGAUCUUGGAAGAAAGGUUUAUUCAUGUGAAGAUGAACUGCUUAUUUGCUUACCUGUUACUGAAAAAUUUUGUGCCAUGUUUAAUGAAAAGAAACAUGAUCUGAAAGAUGCACUUGGUAUAGGUGUUGUGCCAUCUACAGAAAAGGGUGUUCUAAUAAAUGAGUUGUCUUGCCCGGCGGCGUUGAAUUUUUUGUUGGCAUGUGGCGGUUCUAUACUCAAAGAUGAGGUGGUAAGUGUCAGAAAGUCUCCAAGAUCUCCACUAAAGACAAUGAGUGAAGCUGUUGGCUAUUUGCUCAAGGACCAAGGCCUCUCACAACAUUUAUUGGAGCAGUUACCUACUAGGUGGGAGCGUCUUGGGGAUAUUGUUGUGCUUCCAGUAUCAUCCUUCAAGGAUCCAGCAUGGAAUUCAAUUGGGGAAGAACUUUGGUCCAUUGUUGCCAAAUCACUUGGUGCCCGUCGGCUUGCUCGCCAAGGUUGCAUAGCGCCAACUGGAACAAGGGAUAGUACUUUGGAGAUCCUUGUGGGAGAUAACGGAUGGGUUGAUCAUCGUGAAAAUGGAAUUCUCUAUUCUUUUGAUGCAACAAAAUGCAUGUUCUCCUGGGGAAAUCUUUCUGAGAAGCUUCGUAUGGCCCGCCUGGAUUGUAGGGAUGAAGUCAUUGUUGAUUUGUUUGCUGGAAUUGGAUAUUUUGUAUUGCCAUUUCUCAUAAGAGCAAAGGCAAAGCUGGUUUAUGCUUGUGAGUGGAAUCCUCAUGCUAUAGAAGCUCUCCGACGUAAUGUUGAAGUCAAUUCUGUUGCUGAUCGUUGUAUUAUACUUGAAGGAGAUAACCGGGUUAUACCACCUAAGGGGGUUGCUGAUCGGGUCUGCCUUGGUCUAUUGCCAACAAGUGAGGGCAGCUGGCUUACUGCUGUUAGAGCAUUAAGGAGUGAGGGUGGGAUAUUGCAUAUUCAUGGGAAUGUGAAGGACUCAGAGGAGCAGUUAUGGCCAGAACAUAUUGUCAAGUCGAUCAAUGACAUUAUUAAGUCUGAUGGUUAUUGUUGGGAGGUUUCAAUACAACAUGUGGAGAGGGUGAAAUGGUAUGGUCCACAUAUCCGUCAUCUUGUCGCUGAUGUAAGAUGCAAAACAAGUUCAAUGUAACACUGGAUGCUAAGCUGGAUCAAAAUCCAUGAGAAGUCCAAGGGAAUAAUCUCAACAAUCUGACAAAAGAAAUUCCAACAGUUGAGUGGAACUAGAUUUCAGAGCGGUCAGUUGGGUGGUAAUGGAUUUACAGGCUAGCAAUUGUUUCCAGAGGACAGAACUUAGCUGCUGUGGAAGUUGGUCUGUUACAUGUUGAUAUCGUGUUCAAGGUCAUCACAAGUGGAGAUGUACAUUAAUGCAGUUCAAAACUGUAAGGCGUUAAUCAUCAAUCGAUUGGGAUUUCCUCCCUUUUCUCCAACAGUCCCUGCACUUAAAAUGGAAUUGAAUUUUUCAGACAACCUUCGAGGCAUAUUUACACUUGAAAAUUUUGGAUUGGACUGGACAGGACAUCAGAC